AUGCGCCCCGACAUCUUCUCUCCCUGGUGGGGGGUGACGCUCUUGGCUUCAGCCGCCUACGCCGCACCCACGCAGCAGCCGCAUCCCCGGUCCCUGGACCCGAGGGCCGACUUCAACAUCCUCGUCGGCGGCAACGUCUCGCUGCGCAUCAUGCCCCUCGGCGCCUCCAUCACGUACGGCCAGACGUCCACCGACGGCAACGGCUACCGCGAGGCCCUGCGCAACCUGCUGGUCGCCGACGGGAACCCGGUCGACAUGGUCGGCUCGCACCCCAACGGCACCAUGCAGGACAACGAGAACGAGGGCUGGCCCGGGUUCCGCAUCGACCAGGUGCUCGGAAAGGCCGAGGUGUCGGUGCCCGCGACGCUGCCGAACCUCGUCCUCAUCAACGCCGGCACCAACGACUGCGUGCAGACCUUCGACCCGGACCGCGCCGGCGCGCGGAUGCUCGAGAUGGUCGAGCUCGUCUGGGCCGCGUCCCGGAGGGCGUCGGUCGUGCUGUCGACCCUGCUGCCCAACGGGAACGACACCACCGAGGCCUGCGUGCUCCGCGUCAACGGGCAGUUCAGGGCGCUCGUUGCGGAGCAGCAGGCGCUGUCCAAGAAGAUUGUGCUCGCCGACAUGCACACGGACAAGGGCCCGAUGAGGAGCGACCUCGUCGACGGCAUCCACCCCAGCGACGCCGGCUACGUCAAGAUGGCGAAUAUCUGGUUUGACAGCAUCAAGGACGCCGCGUCGCGCGGCUGGCUCGAGUCGCCCCAGCCGCUGCCGGGUAACGAGAGGAAGUCGAGUUGA